UGGGUUCUGAUAAACAAUUCCCAACUAUUAUAAAUAGGGACGCGCGUCUCUUUGAAUGUCUCAAGAGCAAACGUCUCCAUACCACGCGUUGCUGACGCCGUGCCACCGUUGACUGUGCUAACUCAGCAAGAGGAUUCGCGGAGGAAAUGAAGUGGCUCUGGAUAACUGCGCUGUUGUUUUUGGUGACUGGGGUGAAAUCUGGACCAACAAGAAAACGAUGGUGAUCCAGCAGUGGAGGGGAAAAUCGACAAAAUUGAAAGGACCGCAAAGAGAAGCGCUGCAGCUUCGGAACAAUUCAAAUUUACCUUGUUCUAAAAUUUCAGUCAACGAUAUAACAAUGGUUUUACUUGAAGUGAUCGAAUCUGGAACGAAAAUAGAAGAGUUCUACGCAACCGAUAUAACCCCAACCAUGACUCCAACCUUCGAAGUCGACCUCACAGACUAUUCUGGAAAAAGUUUGACUUUCUUAACAGAUGGCAAAAACGAAACCUUCGACACGUUAGCCUUCGCCACUGUAGACAUAACACCCUUCCCACAUUUCCCAGGAAAUACCGCUACGCAGAAUUUGUUUGAUCCUCGAGAUACCGAUAAAAAAAAGAUAUUACUCAGAGUGGAUGGAAGUUUGGGAGAUAUGCUUCUCGAAGCAGGCGAGGCCCUAUCAUAGGAAGUAUCAACUACUUUGCAUUCGAAGACAUAACUUCUGUAGAUUAUUUUCCGUGCAAACAUUGCGACACCGUGGAAGUGUGCGAUAAACUUGAUCAAUCAACUGCAACUGGUACAAUUGAUGGUGAGUAAAAUACGAAAA